CUCCCAUCUCAUUCCUGACCCAACACUGGUACUGUGAAGACGUGUCCUCUCCGCUCACACCCCCCGAGGUCGCCUUUGUGUGUCGUUCCACCAUGAAGUCUGCCAUUGGUGUCCUACUGAUGGUGGUAACUUUAGCUGCCUCCUUCAGUGAAAUUGAGAGAGGACAUGGCCAACCAGAUUUCUGUGAGGAUCUUCAAGAUGAUAUAAAUAAAUGGCAGAAGAACAUCAAAUGUCUUCUUGAAGCAAUGGACACAUGCACCCAAGAAUUUCCAUUUAGCACACUUGGUCCAAUUCAUCCAGGAAUUCCAGAAGUUCCAUUUGAACCAUUUGGUCCAGGAAUUCCAGAAGUUCCAUUUGAACCAGUUCAUCCAGGAAUUCCAGAAGUUCCAUUUGAACCAUUUGGUCCAGGAAUUCCAGAAGUUCCAUUUGAACCAUUUGGUCCAGGAAUUCCAGAAGUUCCAUUUGAACCAGUUCAUCCAGGAAUUCCAGAAGUUCCAUUUGAACCAAUUCAUCCAGGAAUUCCAGAAGUUCCAUUUGAACCAUUUGGUCCAGGAAUUCCAGAAGUUCCAUUUGAACCAUUUGGUCCAGGAAUUCCAGAAGUUCCAUUUGAACCAGUUCAUCCAGGAAUUCCAGAAGUUCCAUUUGAACCAUUUGGUCCAGGAAUUCCAGAAGUUCCAUUUGAACCAUUUGGUCCAGGAAUUCCAGAAGUUCCAUUUGAACCAUUUGGUCCAGGAAUUCCAGAAUUUCCAUUUGAACCAUUUGGUCCAGGAAUUCCAGAAGUUCCAUUUGAACCAUUUGGUCCAGGAAUUCCAGAAGUUCCAUUUGAACCAGUUCAUCCAGGAAUUCCAGAAGUUCCAUUUGAACCAUUUGGUCCAGGAAUUCCAGAAGUUCCAUUUGAACCAUUUGGUCCAGGAAUUCCAGAAGUUCCAUUUGAACCAGUUCAUCCAGGAAUUCCAGAAGUUCCAUUUGAACCAUUUGGUCCAGGAAUUCCAGAAGUUCCAUUUGAACCAUUUGGUCCAGUUAUUCCAGAAGGUUCAUGUGUCCCAUGUGGUCUAGAAAUUCCAGAAGUUCCAUUUGAACCAUUUGGUCCAGGAAUUCCAUUUGGUCCAGGAAUUCCAGAAGUCCCAUUUGUUCCAGUACGGUCGUGUGAGAGCAAGCCGUGUUUCCCUGGAGUUAAGUGCACCCAGACUCCCACUCGGCCUUUCUUCAUCUGUGGCGGGUGUCCCUCUGGCUUCCAUGGAGACGGUGUACACUGUACCUCCAAGGGCAAGUGUGGUGUGGGGACUGCAGGCGAUGGGAUACAGUGCUCAAAAGACAGUGAUUUGGAUGGUUACCCUGACAAAGAGUUGACCUGCAGGGAACCUAAGUGCCGUCAAGACAACUGCCCCAGCACGCCCAACUCUGGCCAGGAGGACGCCGAUCAUGACGGUAUUGGUGACUUGUGUGAUGAUGACCCGGAUGGUGAUGGCGUCAGGAAAAAUGACAACUGCCCCCUGGUGACCAACUCGCUCCAGCUGGACCAAGAUAAAGACGGCCAUGGUGACGUGUGUGACAACUGCCCCGGGAAGAAGAACCCGAAACAGGUGGACCAAGACGGUGAUGGCAAGGGGGACGCGUGUGACGAUGAUGCGGAUGGUGAUGGUUUCAUUAACUAUGAGGAUAACUGCCCGACGGUGUCCAACAUUGACCAGAGAGACACCGAUAUGGAUAGCUUGGGCGAUCUGUGCGACAACUGCCCGGAAAUGUUCAACCCGCUCCAGGCAGACACGGAUAAUGACCUGGUGGGAGAUGCAUGCGACACUGACCAAGAUGUGGAUAAGGAUGGUAUACAGGACAAUAUAGACAACUGCCCCAACGAGGCCAACAGCAACCAGUUGGACACAGACAAGGACGGUCUCGGAAACGCGUGUGAUGAUGAUGUGGACGGUGACAACAUUCCCAACAACCACGACAACUGUCCACUUGUGUCCAACCCACUGCAGAAGGACAGAGACCAUGACGGUGUUGGCGACGUCUGUAAUGAAGACGCAGAUGGCGACAGCUUCUUUGACCACAUUGAUAACUGCCCUAAGAAUGCCGAGAUUCAUAGAACAGACUUCAGAACAUUUACGACGGUGGCACUGGACCCGACUGGCACCAAACAGCUUGACCCCGAGUGGGUCAUCUUGAACGAGGGAGCUGAGAUACACCAGUUAUUAAACUCUGACCCUGGCCUGGCUGUUGGGAUGGCCAAUUUCGGAGCAGUGAACUAUGAAGGGACCUUCUUUGUUGACAGCGAUAAAGAUGAUGACUAUGUGGGCUUUAUCUUUGGAUAUCAAAGUAACAAACAAUUCUACGUGGUCAUGUGGAAGAAAGGACGACAGGAGUAUUUUGCAAAGAAACCAUUUUUAGCCAUAGGUGAGCCGGGCAUCCAACUGAAGCUGGUACAAUCAACCACUGGCCCAGGAAUGUGGCUCAGGAAUGCUCUCUGGCACACCGGUACCACCAACAACCAGGCGAAGCUACUGUGGAAGGACCCUAACAAUGCUGGAUGGAAGGCGAAGACUGCCUAUCGCUGGCGUCUGUGGCACCGUCCCAACAUUGGCCUGAUCCGCCUGCGUAUCUACAGAGGCCAAACACUACAAUCUGACUCUGGCAACAUCUAUGAUAACCACCUGGCUGGUGGACGACUCGGGGUUUACUGCUUCUCCCAGGAAAGUAUUACCUGGUCAGACCUCAAGUAUAGCUGUGAUGAGAACCUCCCUAAGGAUAUCUACAAUGACCUGCCUUUGGACCUGAAACCCAAAGGUACAGCGCCCAGGGCAGAGUAAAGCAUCUGUUGCUUCCAGCACGCCGACAAUAUAAUGUAGGUGAAGUGAAACCUAGCGUGCUUGAAACACCACACAAGGAGGCAACUGCAGAAACACCAACAACACACAUGAUGGAUCAAGUGUGCCUGUGGAGUGUGGCAGGAAGACACUGAGGCGACACAUGUGUCAAACUCAGCCGUGGAACAUCUCACACCUUGUUUUAUAUGCAGUACUUUUAUAUUGUUUAAGAUACUGCAUUGAAUGUAUGCCUUGUGGGAAAAUUUAUAAGAUGUUAAAAUGUAAUCAAACUGAAAAUAUAUAGUACAUUAUCAUGAAUAUGACAAGUACUGUACACAAUUUAUCCAAUCACUCAUGACCAAAAACAAUAAUUACAUAAUUUUUUUAGCUCCAUGUAAAGGUUUUCUCAUGGAAUUCAUGUACUUAUUACAGUAAAGACAGUUUAAUAAAAGCAAAAUAUAAAACCA